AUGGUGCUCACGGUGCUGCGGCGCAUCCUCCGGAGGAAGCGGGCGAACGUGACGGGGCCGGUCGACCUCGGCAAUGCCACUCGCCCGAACUCCCCCAGUUCCUUUCACGCGACCUCUCCGACUCCCAUCUCUCCCCAUAUUGACAUCGACGACGGUUUCUAUCGCCCUUUCUCUGCGGCCUUCUGGCCUGAAGUCGACAUGUGGAAGCCGUCAGAGCGCCUGAUGGAGACCAUCAGGCACUAUGCCAGCUUCCCCGCAACCGGUGUCUCGCUGAGGCAGAUGGUCCAGUUUGGAGACCGGCCCUCCACCGGUACGUUUAGCAGCGCCGCGCACGCCGGCCGGGGAGAAGGAGAGGAAGAGGAAGUGACAAAACGCACUCUUCUUCGGAUCCCCGGCUCAUGCUGGCAUCGUCCGCUAACAAGUUACCCAGGCACUCUCUUCCGCGCAUCUCAAUUCCUCUCCGAGGAACUGCCUAUCCGGCUCGCCCACCGGGUCCAAGACCUGGGCGAACUGCCCGAUGGGCUCAGCGAAAUGCCAUCCAUCAAGAAAGUGCAAGAUUGGUAUGCGCAAUCAUUCGAGGAAAUCAUCACCCUCCCCCGUCCUACCCUGUCGCAAGAAGUCAAGACCCGUUUGCUGCGGCCGGGCCGCACAAAUGGCAUGGCCUCCAAGAUCAUCUCCGAGGCGACGCAGAACCCCAGCAUCAAGGAGGGCCAGUACCGCUCAUCCCCGACCACCAACGGAAACGGCCACGGCAACGGUAGCAGUAAGGCCGCCGCCGCCGGCCGCCGAUACUUUGUCCCCGCGGCCGACCACGCCGACUGGCCGCCCGAGCUGAACGAUUAUAACCAGCGGUUUGCCAAAACCCUGCAGCAGAUCAAGCGCCGCCACGAUGGUGUCGUCACCACUGUCGCCCAAGGUAUCCUCGAGUGGAAGCGGGUGCGCCAGCGCAUGCAAAUCGAUUCAACUAUUCAGUCCUUCCUCGACCGUUUCUACAUGUCCCGUAUCGGCAUCCGAAUGCUAAUCGGUCAGCACAUCGCCCUUACGGAGCAAACGCAUGUGAAACACCCGAACUACGUGGGUAUCAUCUGCACCAAGACCAACGUCAAGGACAUUGCGCUCGAGGCAAUUGACAACGCUCGUUUCGUCUGCGAGGAUUACUACGGUCUGUUCGAGGCGCCCAAGGUGCAGCUGGUCUGUAAGGACGACUUGAACUUCAUGUACGUCCCUGGUCACCUGUCGCACAUGCUCUUCGAGACCCUGAAGAACUCGCUGCGGGCAGUGGUUGAACAGCACGGCGCCGACCGCGAGCAAUUCCCCGUGACCAAGGUGAUUGUCGCCGAGGGCAAGGAGGAUAUCACCAUCAAGAUCUCGGACGAAGGUGGUGGUAUUCCACGGUCGGCGAUCCCGCUGGUGUGGACCUACAUGUACACCACCGUGGAACAGACCCCCAGUAUCGACCCGGACUUUGACAAGAGCGACUUCAAGGCCCCCAUGGCCGGGUUCGGCUACGGACUACCGAUCAGUCGGCUGUAUGCUCGAUACUUUGGAGGUGACUUGAAAUUGAUCAGUAUGGAGGGAGACGGCCGGACCCGGUUCACCACUUCGCACCGCCUGCUUUACAUCGAACCGGAGCCCAGCGCCGCGCCGUCUCGAGGACUGACGCCGAUGAACGUGCAGGCCCUCCGCUCGCGUGUCCGCAGUCGGGAGGUUUCGGAACGAAAACAGGUCGGAGAUGCGGAGAGUCUGUUCCACGCCGAGCAGCGCCGUCACGAGGAGGAG